CAUAGCAGACGUCUCCAGACAAUCCAGACUGUACCAGUACCAUACUGCCGUCAUGCAUCUCGAAGUACUGGAAAUGAUGGAUCCAGGCACACAAUCUUAUCUCUCGCCCCACCUUACGUCACUCUCGCUCGAUCUUUUCCUUUCAGCUCUUUCCCACCACGCCUAUCAUGUCUCCCCCACUGGACUUGACUCCGGUAGACAAACUCGAGGUCCUCAUCCUCGUCGAUAACUUUGUCGAAUGGUUUUCCACCUUGCCUUCAGAGUUUACCCAUGAACUGCCGCAGCAUCUCGCCUCGCCCGAUGCUCCCAAAGACCCCCUUACAGGUCUACCCAUCAUGGAUUUUGACAACUAUUGCUGUGGCGCCCAUGGUCUCUCUAUCCUCCUCAAAACGACCAUAGGCGGAAACACCUACUCGGUUCUCCUCGACUCUGGACCGGAACCAAAGACGAUUGAGCGGAACGUGGCUGCCAUGUCGGUGGACCUCGUGCAGCUUGAUGCGCUUGUCCUUUCGCAUUGGCAUAGAGAUCAUUCCGGUGGGAUUGUAAGAGUUCUCGAGCUGCGCCAGGAGCAGCAGGAGCAGCAGGCGCAGCAGGCGCAACAAGAAGGAAUAACCAGAACCAAACUUCAAAUCGACCUCCAUCCAUCCCGCCCCACCCGCAGAGGCAUCGCCCGCCCGUCCAACCCCGAACCAUUCUGCAACCUCCCCGCUGACCCUACCUUUGAGGAGAUCAAAGCCGCCGGUGGAAAAGUCGAUUUGCACGAUGAGCCUCAUGAGAUUGUCGUUGGUUCCAAAAGCGGAAACGGGGACCAGGGGAAGACGGGGAUCGGGGUGAGCGGAGAGAUUAAAAGAGUUGUGGAUUACGAAAAGGGGGUGGUGGGAGGGGUGAGGUGGGAGAAGGAUGAGAGUACGGGGGAGGAAGGGUGGUUUACCGAUACAAUGAUUAUGGAUGAACGGUACGUCGUGGUAGACGUCAAAGGUAAAGGUCUCGUCGUCUUCAGCUCUUGCUCCCACGCCGGCAUAUCCAACGUCCUCACCUCCCUCCUUCCCCUCUCCCGCCCCAUCCACGCCCUCAUCGCCGGCCUCCACCUCGUUCCCACUGCCCACCAGCCCGCACGACAGACGAUCGACUUCAUCACCCGCAGAGUCCAGCCGAGGCCGCGGUGGGUGGUACCGCUGCAUUGUACCGGGCUGGAAGCGAGGGGUUGGUUGAGGGAGAAGUUGGGGGAGGGCUGUGUCUUGGCUGGGGUUGGGGUGAGGGGGGUUUUUGGGGGGGCGGGGGAGAUGGAAGAAGAAGAAGAAGGGUUCAAGAUUGUAGAUUAGAUCGGGAAAACACCAAAAACUCCAUUUCUUUUUGCACAAGGAUAUCCUUCUUGCAUUGGAUUUGGUUUUUGAAGGGAAAAGGUAAAUCGAUCCAAAGAAAACAGAAC